CUGACUAUCUCUGUCUCUAUAUCUGACGCGAGGACUGGUCUCACAUGACCCUCCUGCAAUUACCUCCACGAAACAGACAAACCAAAAAGCAAAACUCCCCUAGUCUUUACCCUCUCCCUCUUUUCCUCUCUCCUCACUCUGUCUAUGGUAAAAGCUUAUCGCCUGUUCUCUCUGCCACCCCAUUUUCAAUACCAGUACUACUCCUGCAAACCCAUUAAGUUAAGGCUCCCGUAAACCUUCUUUCCUCUCCCUUGUUCACUUUUCUGUUUCCCUCUAUUUCAUUCUACCCCCAAGCCUUUCUAAAAGCAGCAACUGAAUCCAUUUCCCACUUGUAUACUGGCUCUCCCAACUAUGGAAGCUUUUAGCUUGCUCAAGUAUUGGAGAGGCGCCGGUGGCAUCAACAGUGGCGGAGGUGGCGGAGAUUCGUUACGCGCCGCCGGGACUACCACUAUAGUUACCGCUGUGGCUCAAAGUAGUGCUGGGGAGACUGACGAAGACGACGACGACGACGGACCUUUUUUCGACUUAGAGUUCGCUGUUCCAGACGAAGAUGACGAUGUGGAAGAUGGGGACGAAAACGAAAGCGGAGAACAAGAAGGAACCAACCGUGAGAACGAGAGCGAAGAAGACGAGGACGAGUUUGACGGCGGUGGGGACGUCGACGGUGAGGGAGAAUUCAACUUCACGCUUGCCUCUGGGUCCAGCAUUGACCGUACGGAUCAGAAUCUGUCGCUCUCUCCUUCUGAUGAUCUGUUCUUCAAGGGAAGGCUCGUUCCCAUUGAGCCUUCUUCGCUCGUGUUCAACACCUCCGAACCCAAUUCCAAGCCGCCCCAGUUUCCUGUCUCAUUGUUGAAAUCUGCCACGAAAUUUCGAGUCUCCAUGUUGGGCCUUAAGAAACCUAAACCGAGUGGCAAUGAUGCUCCGAAAUCAGAGACAAGUGAGCCUGUUGCCUCUGCUCCCCAACCACAGCCAAAAAAACAAAACAAGGAACAACCACAACAGCAGCAGAGUAAGUCUUUGACUGUGAAGUUCAAGGUGGAGGAGGUACCCAUAGUAUCCCUGUUCACCAGAGACAGUUCGAGAAGCGCUUCAGCUGGUAACAAGGCGCAGAAGCAGAACAACGUGGAAGAGUCUGUUUCUGAUGAGAAGCGCUUCUCAAAGGAGGUAAUGCAAAAGUACUUGAGAAAGGUAAAGCCUCUUUAUUUUCGGGUUUCCAAAAGGUACGGCGAGAAGCUGAGGUUUUCCGGGCAGUUAAGCCUAGGUGCCGGUGCCAAGGCUGUACCUCCGUCUUCCAAGGCGGAUCAGAAACCAGCUCCAGUGAAAUCGGUCGCCGAGAAGGCUGUAGCAGAACCGGCGGCUUCUGAUCAAGGUCUAGUUAACAAUGUUAAGAUGAGUCAGAAGCUGGGCAAUCUUCCGACGGGGCUGAGAGUGGUGUGUAAGCAUUUGGGUAAGAGCCGGUCGGCUUCGUCGUCUGCGGUAGCGGCGGCGCCAACGGCGCCUGUGUCGUCGAGACGAAGAGAUGAUUCGCUGUUGCAGCAACAGGAUGGGAUCCAGGGUGCCAUUCUGCAUUGCAAAAGGUCCUUCAAUGCCUCCAGAGAUUUGGAAUCUUCUCUGCUAUCACGUUCCGUAAGCGACCCGUCGAGCGACAAAUCUUCAGAAUUGGCCAUGAAGUCAUCGGUUGAAGGGAAAGAUGGACACUCCGAUCAAUCUCCUUGAUUUUGAGGCCCCCCAGAGUAUUCGUGGCAACUCCGGUCACGAUCACUCUGAUCCAUUUCCAGGCCCAGACGAAGGACUAGGUAAUAGUAGUAAUCAUGUCACCUUCUCAGUGAGUAUUCCGCAGCCUUGUUCUUUGUAAAUGUUUUAUAAACCGAGAAAGAAAAACAUAGCUAGCUAGGGCGAAGAAAAGAGUUGGCUCAUGUCUUACGAAAGAUGACUGGUGAGCGCAUGUGUAAAAGCUCACAUCUUUCCUCGAACAUGAAAGUAGAAUCAAAUCUUUGUAUCUAUUUACUUUGUAAUCAGUAGCAGCAGCACUUAAACCAGGCCAGUCCGCGAAACACCAGCGUGAAACACCAGUAAUCACUUAGUUUUGAAUGGGGUUUAUUUACUAUUUGUUUCCUGAUGUGAAUAUGGUAAUGUGGGUUUUGUUGCA